AUGACGUUGAGUUCCAGCCUGGACCUCGUUGAACUCGAGAAGUCUUUGAGGAUGGCCGACGCAGAUAACGCUACUCGCGCUCCUGAGAGCGACGCCCAGGAGACCCCUGCGGCCAGCGACAACAUACAAGCUCCAGCCCCAGCUCCAGCCGCUGAAGCUCCAGUCGUAGGCGAACAUUGUGUUUCUGACAGACCAACCCCUUCGGGCCAGUCCUCCACAGGCGAAAUCAUCAAACUCAACGAUGUCGAUGUCUAUGUUUCGAAACCCACCGACUACCCCCAUGCCCCUUCACGACUCCUUCUCCUCCUGACCGGCGGUACGGGAAUCAAAUCUACCAACAACCAGAUCCAGGCCGAUAAGUUUGCAUCGGAGGGCUAUCUUGUCCUCAUGCCAGACCUCUUCGCUGGCGACACAGCUCCUGGGGCCACAGCUAUUACAGAUGACUCCACAUCCAUCCUCGAGCAGUUCAAGUUGAAGGCCGUCGAAGUUACAAAAUCAUUUCUCAUUGACAUGUGGCUAGCCCGCGUCACAGAUGAAAGGGUCAUGCCCAUCCUGUACAAAGUGAUUGAUGCUGCGCGGGAGCAGUACGCGGAUACGAUCAAACAGGGCGACGGAAUCUAUGCCGCAGGAUACUGUGUUGGUGCACGAUUUGUUCUUCUGCUUGCUAAACAAACGAAGACCCCUGAAGGAGAUGCAGAGAGCGGUGGUGUCAAGAAUGGUCCUUUUAUUAAGGCCGGUGCUUUGGCACAUGCUGCUUCUGUUACACCUGAUGAUUUCAAGGACAUCAGUGUUCCUCUCAGCUUAGUUUGUGUGGAAAACGACCCUCUCUUCCCUGACAGCGUUCGGAUAGGGGGAGAAGACAGUUUGUCUGACGCAAACGUCGAGCAUGAGGUUCAAGUUUAUCCAGGAGUUCCGCAUGGAUUCGCGGUUGUAGGCGAGUACCAAGAUUCAUCAAUCAAGGAUGCUCAAGCCACAGCCUAUGACCAGAUGAUCAACUGGCUCAAGGCUCAUUAA